AUGUUUCUUGAAAGGCUACCCCAGAAGAUCCGGGCUUCGAGCGGGUGCACCUUCCAAAUAUCCCUUUGGCGAGGCCUUCCAAUCCCGAAUCCAAGUCGCACUCCACUAUUCUUCCUCGAUACUCCAUCCCGUAGGAAAAUCUGGAGAAGUUUCUUCGACAUGCUUACUGAAGAUGGGAUUAAUGUCGAUUUCGAAGAUCUUGUCAGCCACUUGGAUGAACUUGCGGAGCACGAAAUGAACAACCGGCAAAUCAGAAACGUCUUCGCAACCGCAUGGCAACUUGCAUUAUUCGAGAGACAGAGGCUGGAAUGGGGACAUAUUGAGCAGAGUCUGGCAAUGGCGGAGCAGUUCAAUGGGCAGUUAAAGGAGUUACAGAGGGUCAGUGACACGGAUCGGGUGAGGGAUAAGAAGGUAAGGUGGCAAAGGCACUCCGCUAUUCCGCAUUCAUUUAUCUUCAUUCCUAUUGUUGAGAUCUUCAAAGAUCGGGACUGUUAG